AUCGCACUAGUGGCUAGGGGAGGAGGGAGAGCAUCGCGGGAGGUGGCCCCCGACUGGAGCUGCGGCCAUGGGAAACACCACCAGCGACCGGGUGGCUGGCGAGCGCCACGGCGCCAAGUCUUCACGCGCCGAGGGCGCCGGCGGCCAUGCGCCGGGCAAGGAACAUAAGAUCAUGGUGGGGAGUACGGACGACCCUAGCGUCUUCAGUUUGCCAGACUCCAAGCUCCCUGGGGACAAAGAGUUUGUAUCAUGGCAGCAGGAUUUGGAGGACUCCGUAAAGCCCACACAGCAGGCCCGGCCCACUGUUAUCCGCUGGUCUGAAGGAGGCAAGGAGGUCUUCAUCUCUGGGUCCUUCAACAAUUGGAGCACCAAGAUUCCACUGAUUAAGAGCCAUAAUGACUUUGUUGCCAUCUUAGACCUCCCUGAGGGAGAGCACCAGUACAAGUUCUUUGUGGAUGGACAGUGGGUUCAUGAUCCGUCAGAGCCUGUGGUUACCAGUCAGCUUGGCACGAUUAACAAUUUGAUCCAUGUCAAGAAAUCUGACUUUGAGGUGUUUGAUGCUUUAAAGCUAGAUUCAAUGGAAAGCUCGGAGACAUCUUGUCGAGACCUUUCCAGCUCUCCCCCUGGGCCUUAUGGUCAAGAAAUGUAUGUGUUUCGAUCUGAGGAGAGAUUCAAAUCCCCACCCAUCCUACCUCCUCACCUUCUUCAAGUUAUUCUUAACAAGGACACUAAUAUUUCUUGUGACCCAGCCUUGCUUCCUGAGCCCAAUCACGUUAUGCUGAACCAUCUCUAUGCAUUAUCCAUUAAGGACAGUGUGAUGGUCCUUAGCGCAACCCAUCGCUACAAGAAGAAGUAUGUCACUACUCUGCUGUAUAAGCCCAUCUGAAGGGAUCCCUUCCUGCCUCCCAGGAUUUAAGAGAAGCAUCUCCCUUGCCUUUCUGGAUUGGACCAGUCUUAACCUAAGACUGGAAGGCUAAUUUGCUUUGAGGCUGAUAUGUGUGUUUCAGAGUCUUUGAGUAGGAUGCUCUGCUUUUGCAUUUGAUUGCAGAUGGGAGCUUUAUGAGUUCAUGGAAUUUAAGAAAAAAAAUUUUACAUAUAUAUA